AGUGAGAACAAUACCCCUAGCUUCCACAAUCUCCUCUGGAUGCGUAUUUAUUUACCUUAAUUUUUUUGCUUGUUUUUCGUAGUAAUGAUGGUUUCUCCUGACGUUUGGCUCUUAUUCUUAACAAAGAAGAGUCAAGAAGAACAGAAGGACACAAUGAACCUAGUUUUCUAUGGCUGUCUUGUGCUUGGAUCACUCGUUUCCUCUUCUAUCCGCGCAUAUACAUUUCUUUGGACCUCUUUAAGAUGUUCUGAACGCCUUCAUGAUAAAAUGGUUGUAGCUCUCCUAGAAGCACCUGUUUUGUUUUUUGACUCAAACCCUGUUGGAAGAAUUCUUAAUCGGUUCUCUAAAGACGUGGGGUGCUUGGACGAACUGUUGCCAAAAAGUUUUCUUCUAUCUAUUCAGUUGGUCUUGCUAAUGCUUGCCGCAACUCUUGUGCCAACUUUCACCAACUUUUGGGUUCUUUUUGUUGUUGUGCCACUGGCUGUCGUUGUUGCUUACAUCUCCAUGUACCGCUUAAAAACCUCUCGGCAGCUCAAAAGGUUAGAGUCAAUAAACCGUAGCCCUGUGUAUUCACACGUCUCGGAGACUCUUAUUGGGCUGGAGACUAUAAGAACAAGAAAGAGGCAACAAGACUUCAUGGAAGAGCUCUACAGAUAUCAAGAUAUUCAUACCCAGUCGUUCACCAUGGUGCUGGCGAGUGUGAGAUGGCUAGGAGUACGAAUGACCUCUGUGAUCUCUUUUUUGAUUUUUGCGGUGGCUCUAACCGCAAUCCUUGUGUCUCAAGAUGCUGCUUUCGCCGGACUGGGGCUUGUUUACGUCAUCGAGACUGUUGAACUGAUGGAUUUUGCUGUUACAAGUAUAUCGGAAGUAGAAAAUCUCAUGACGUCUGCUGAACGAGUUAUAACUUACACCAAACUUGACCAUGAGCCCGGGUACCAAGUGAAGCAGCCUCCCCCGAAUAAUUGGCCUCUUGAAGGGAAUAUAACUUUUGAAGACGUGUCGCUGACUUAUUAUCCUGGGGGGCCUCAAGUACUGAAGAACUUUAAUCUUCAUGUAGAAGGAGGAACAAGUAUUGCUGUUGUGGGACGAACGGGGGCCGGCAAGUCAUCUCUAGUGGCAGCUCUUCUGCGUAUGCCAGAUGCCCAAGGUGCCAUAAUGAUUGAUGACGUUUCAAUAAAGGAGAUCAACCUUCAAAAGGCUCGAAGAUGUAUAUCAGUUCUAAGCCAAAGUCCUUUCCUUUUCAGUGGAUCGUUGAGAGAAAAUCUUGAUCUCGUAGAGCAGUUCCAGGAUGUAGAGUUAUGGCGAGCCUUAGAGAUUGUUCAAAUGAAAGAGCUGGUGGAAAGGUUGGAAGGGAAAUUAUAUCACCAGUUGUUGGAGCAUGGUGCAAACUUCAGUGUAGGAGAACGGCAGUUAAUUUGUUUGGCUCGUGUUCUUUUGCAUAAAAGAAAAAUUGUCAUCCUAGAUGAACCCACUGCACACGUAGAUCCAGACACAGAACAAACAAUUUGGAGGAUAGUGCGAGAGAAACUGAAGGGCUCCACAGUAAUCACCAUAGCUCAUCGACUGAACACCAUCAAAGACUGUGACUUGAUUUUGGUCAUGAAAGAUGGCGAGAUAGAUGAGUCCAACAAGUUUGACUCCUACUUGAAUGCAUGAACAUGUUAAGAUGACUAACAAAUGAAAAACUACGAUCAUCGCUAGAAUAAUUAAGUACGAUGAAUCCAUCUUAUAGUAUCAAGAAUUAAAAGCCUAAAGUUUCUCAGUUACAAGAUUGAAGUAUUUCAAGCUUUCAAGUAUCAAAAUUAAAGCACUAGCCCUUUAAUGUCCUUUUUGCUCUCCUAUGGGCACACUUUGUAUCAUGGAAGGCCGGUUGAAGUGCACUUUUUGCUCUUAAUUUCAGGAGGCUCCAUAUGGUUUUUGUCCGCAAAAGAUCUGGACACGAACAUAACGGGAGCUUAAAAAAUGUUAACAAGCAAAACAAGCAUUUCUUUUGCUAGCGAUGUUUUGUUCCUUUAUUUACUUUUACAAAUCCAAUCCAAGUGUUGAUUUCAAUCCAGAAAGACUAGAAGUUUUUAGGAAACCUUUUUUCACCACCCUGAACUCUUACCUUGGGGUAAUCAUUAUAUCACGAAUUAGUUUAGAAAAUCUAUAAUCCAUAUAUCUAUCUACGAGACAAGUAUGCUUGUUUCAAAGACAGAAGAAACGAUCGCUAAGUGAAACGAGUCGCUUCAUUUUUUUUUCUUUUACCUUUAAGAUACAGGUGUGUAAUAGAAAUUCAUUGUUUUGUUCACUUGCUGUUUAUAUUUAAUAAUUAAUUAAAUAUAAAUAACGGUCUCAAAAGCAUUUUUACUUGUUAAAUGUUUAAUGAAUAGUUUCAUCUUUCUCGCCGAAUUUUAAUACUUUUAACAGUUAGAUUGUACGAAUGAAGUUAUUAAUCAAGGCUGCUCGAUGUGUGUAACCUUUUUUUUCUAUUUACCUAACAUCCGUUUAUUUUCGUCGAAAAGAAACAAAACAAGCUAAAGAGUCUCAUCCAUUAUUUUACACGAAGUAAAAGCAAGGUCGUUUUGUAGAGUUUAGUGACUCUGGUGAUUAUGAAAAGCUGAUCGCAAAUACGCUUUUGCUAUCAGAUAAGCAUCGUCUUUUAUGUAAGUGGUUUUCGUGCGAUAUGAAAACUAAUGGGAGGGAUAUCAGAUAAAUAAAACCCUUUCUGGCUUGCUGA